AUGGACUAUGAAAAUUGAUUAAUUAAGCCAUUCACACAUUGAUCUGUACAGUAACAGUAUUUUUUCCCUGCUUGUCCUCCUGUCACCAAGGUUCCAGAACUAGAUCACGUUACUAUCAGGAAGCUCAGUCACAUGACACUUUGCUCAUGACUCUCAUAACCUGCACAGCAUCCACAUUUCUUCACUUUCCUUGCGUCUUCAAAAACACUUCCACUUUUAAAUCAGAUGAUAUCCCAGAGUGCCCGCUGCAUGUGAAAGAUUUGCCAAGCUCAUCAAGACUGAGACAUGUGUCAGCCUCCUGGCUGUUCAGUCUAUAGCCACUAAUGCUGACGUCUGGCUCUUUCGGUAUAACGAGCUGGCAAAAAGCCUUUUACUAUAGAAGUGCUGGACACGGGAGACAGAACAAAGAAUGGCACAAACACGUAUACAAACGCUCACCAUCCAGUCUACAUGCUUGCACGAACACUGAUUCCCCAGAGCCAGACUGACUCAUAUUUCAUUUUUUAGGAUUUGUAUUUCCUCCUAAUGCGCUGGUGAACCUCGACACAAUGAAGUCAGAUAUACCAUACGAAAAGAUGGUUGAUGUGGAGCUAAGCAGAGGAGAAACACAUCUUGGCUCACAAAAGUAUUACAGGUGUCUGAUCAUUCUCACCUGUUUAACCACAAUACUGUUGAUACUCCUGUCACUCCAAACCCUGCUUGUUCCCAUGGCAACAUCUUCCUCUUCCUCCUCCUCCUCCUCCUCCUCAAAAUCAUCUGGACAGCAGGAGCACCUUCUAAUCAGAGAAACCUGUACUGAUCCCUGCAGGAUUGUUUUAGUGGAGAGUAUUCCUGAGGGACUGGUGUUUAACUCCUCAACCACUCAUCAGUCCGUAUAUGAAGCCUGGCUCAACCUUAUAUCUGGUGCUCAGACCAGUCUGGACAUCGCCUCCUUCUACUGGACUCUUACCAAUGACGACACACACACACACGAGGCCACAGCCAAUCAGGGUGAGCAGAUUCUGCAGGAACUAGGACAGCUCUCGGGGAAAGUGUCGGUCCGAAUUGCAGUCGAUAAACCAUCAAAGAAAAAACCUAUGGAUGACAUUAAGUUUCUGACUGAUUCUGGUAAUACUCAGACUUUCAACCACCCAGAAAUAGCACCAAUACUCCAUAUACUCUAUAUAUUCCAUAUAUUCAUAUAUUCUGCUCAGGUGAAGGAGUUGGGUGCAGUUGUGUAUGACUGCAGCUGUCUUGCUAAGGAUCUUGGGAAGAUCUUCGAGGCGUAUUGGUACCUAAAUCAGACCAAGACCGUUCCUGCACACUGGCCCAAAAACUACUCCACCCUGUACAACAAGGACACACCCAUGCAGCUGUCACUCAAUGGGACCGAUGCCAGCGCCUAUCUAUCAAGCUCUCCUCCUUCACUGUGCGCCGAGGGCCGGACUCCAGACCUGCAGUCUAUCCUCAGUGUGAUUGCUGAUGCCCAGCAGUUCGUCUACAUCGCUGUGAUGAACUAUCUCCCCACUAUGGAGUACUCCAGCCACAAAAGGUCUGUGGUAUAUUCCCUACCUCCUUCUUCACGCAUAUGUUUCAUAACCAACCAGCCUAAACAUUAA